AUGGCGCCCAGACCCUUUGAUGAGGAGGAACUCUCCAUCUCCCUGUCCCCCUCGCAGAUCCAGCGCCGCCGAGUCCCCGAGAUUAAUGUCACGCAUCCGGCAUCCGAAACCAACAAUGGCCACCAGCGUGCUGGCAGUCGCGGCCUUCCCGGCGGCCCGCAUCCUCAUUCCCGCGAAAAGGUCAAGGCCGAGCAGCGCAUCGACCAGUACAACAUCGUCCGCACCCUGGGCGAGGGCUCCUUCGGCAAGGUCAAGCUGGCCGUUCAUCGGAGCACCGGCCAGCAGGUUGCCCUCAAGAUCAUAUCGCGCAAGAAGCUGAUCAGCCGCGACAUGGUCGGCCGCGUCGAGCGUGAGAUCGAGUACCUACAGCUCCUGCGUCAUCCCCAUAUCAUCAAGCUGUUCACUGUCAUCAAAACCCCGACAGAGAUCGUCAUGGUGCUGGAGUAUGCCGGCGGCGAGCUGUUCGAUUACAUCGUCUCCCACGGCCGCAUGCAGGAGGACAAGGCGCGACGCUUCUUCCAGCAAAUGAUCUGCGCUGUCGAGUAUUGCCAUCGACACAAGGUCGUCCAUCGUGAUCUCAAGCCCGAGAAUCUGCUCCUCGAUGAAAACUUGAACGUCAAGAUCGCCGACUUUGGUCUCAGCAACAUCAUGACAGAUGGCAACUUCCUCAAGACAAGCUGCGGCAGUCCCAACUAUGCCGCUCCCGAGGUCAUCAGCGGCAAGUUGUACGCCGGACCCGAGGUCGACGUGUGGAGCUGUGGUGUUAUCCUCUAUGUGUUGCUCAUAGGAAGGCUGCCGUUCGAUGAUGAUCACAUCCCUAGUCUGUUUGCAAAGAUCCAACGCGGCGUCUUCACCAUUCCCAACUGGUGCCCCGAGGCCUCAGCGAAGAUGAUCCGAAAGAUGCUCGUCGUCAAUCCGCUACAUCGGAUUACCAUCGAAGAAAUUAGGCAGGAACCUUGGUUUCAGACGGACUUGCCGUCCUACCUCGCUCCUCCUACCGAGGAGUUUCUCAACACGGGCGUGGACCCUAACAAGGCCAUCAAACCAAGUGACAUUGCCCCUCAUGCAUCUCAGAAAGUCCAGGAGAAGUUGCACAACGAGGUUACCGAUAAGAUCAGCAAGACCAUGGGUUAUGGAAAGAGGGAUGUCGAAGAGGCUUUGGGCGCCGAUGAGCCCUCUGCAAUCAAGGACGCAUACAUGAUCGUGCGUGAGAAUAAGCUCAUGCAAGUGAAUCCUGCAUACGGUACUGGCCAGGACAACCCGUACUUCGCAACUUCGCCUCCAGUUGGCAACACCGAGCAGGUCAUAGGCAGCAUCGGCCAAACUCUGAGCAAUGCAGCCAAGGACACUGAACCUGAGGCUGCUGCUAGUCCUAUUGCAGAUUCAACUAGAUCAAACGCCUCAACAGUCACCAGCGUGUCCCCCCGUGGCUAUGUCAGCAAAGUCGGCAUUCUUCCUACCAGCUUACCUUCAAUACACAAUCAGUACUUGGAGCGCCAGAAUGCUGGAGUCGACGAGCCACUAGACAGUCAGCCUGCAUCCGAUGAUGUACCUUCUUCACAGCUUAGGUCGCCUGCGGAGCAACAAGAAGCGGCGCGCAGACUUAAGCCACAUUCAAAGAACGCUGUCAGGCUAGAUGACAGCCAGGCUCGACCGCAGGCAAUGACACCCGUUGCUCCCAAGAAGGCGAAGCCUGUCCGCUGGCAAUUCGGCAUCCGUUCCAGGAACGCUCCUUGGGAGGCCUUGCUCUGCAUCUACAAGGCUCUUCACAAGUUGAAGGCGACGUGGCUUGUCGACGAGGAUUAUGACAAAGUCCUUGGUCCAGAGAGCGAGCAGGAUAACUACAAGGGCAGCAGGAAGGAUCAGUCUUCAAAUCCCUACGAAGGCAUGAAGCCCGAGGACAUAAACUUGUCGACCUUCGAUCCACUCAAGUACUACAAGCUCCCAGCCGACCCCUGGCACAUUGUUUGUCGUUGGAGAAAGGAUGACCUACGCCCGUAUACACCAGCCUCAACGGGAGACAGCCCAGAGGACAGUGCUCAUGUCAUCUCUGUCCUGGACAACCGCAAACAAGACUUUGUCAACAUGCGUAUGGAGAUCCAGAUCUACGAGAUGGAGUACGGCGUCUACCUCGUCGACUUCAAGUGCACCGGUUACGAACGUCCAGACGGUACCAUGCUUGAAGAGAAGGAUGUCAUGAGCCCUUUCCCAUUCCUUGAUAUGGCAGCUAAGCUCAUCAUGCAACUUGCGGAAGCAGACUAA